AUUGUGCGACGAACCUUUUGUUUUAUACAUUGUAUAUUUACAGGGACAUUAUUGUUCUUCGUUAAAAGAUAAAAAAAAUAUCCGUACGAUUUCAAAACUUCCUCAAACAAUUCUUUAACCAUUGGCGAUUUAAGCUGCUAUGCAACAGCCUGCUUUAUCCAGUUUCGUGCUCUCAAUUUGGCGAAGUAUGUAUUUACGUGAUAUACAAGUAUGAAUAGGAUAAUAAAAGUCUCAAUUUAAAGCAUAAGGCGUUCCAAUGCCAAAAAAAUAGACACAGAAAAUGGUAAAUGUGCGCUCAUAUCGGACUACGGUGAUGUUCCUGGGUAUUUUAGUGCUUCUUACUGUGACAGUGUUCAGAAACAACUGCAAACAGUUACACAAAAACUUAUAUUCGCGAAUUAAUGGUCCGAUUCCAACAAAAACCCUGGCAAGCAAAGAUGACGGAUACCGGCACCUAAUUCACACAGGUCACGAUCCGCAUGUCCAGAUCUUGUUUAACAACAUGCCAUCUUGGAUGUCGAUUAACCCGCUGACAUUGAAUUCAUCAUCUUGUUCUCUCCAUCUUAAAAGUCCAUGCAUUAUAAAAACCGGAAAAAGAAAUUUCGAAGAAUUUCGAGGAGUCAUUUUUUACGGUGACAAUCUACCCAGUACCAUUCCCGUAAAACAGACAAACCAGUCUUGGAUUUUUUUCUCUAUUGAAUCUCCUUAUUUAUAUCAAAUUCAAUCAAAAUGGAAGUUCAAAUUUGACGCAACAAUGACUUUUCGUAAAGACUCUAGUUUUCCUGUGGUGUAUGGAACAAUAACUCGCAGAACAUCGCCAAGAACUCGAGAUUAUACAAAAAUAUUCAGAAUGAAAACAAAAAUGGUGGCGUGGGCGGUCAGUAAUUGUCACACUCCGUCCAAACGUGAAAAUUACGUCACCAGUCUCCAGAAGUACGUUACCGUUGAUAUUUUCGGGAAAUGUGGUCAUUUGUCUUGCGGUGUGCGUUCAGCUGGAGUUACAGAUUGCCAUUUCAAAUUCGCCAAAGAUUACAAAUUCUACUUGACUUUCGAGAACUCCAUUUGCAAGGAUUAUACCACAGAAAAGUUGUUCAAUUUCUUCUUUCACGACCUGGCAAUGAUUCCGGUAAUCAAUGGUCCCCCAAACGCGCAUGAAUACAUUCCUAGAGGAACAUAUAUCAACGCUCUAGAUUUUUCGUCCCCGGUUGAACUUGCACGUGAGCUUCACAGGAUAGGAUCAAACGAAACCCUUUAUGUGCAAUAUCUGAGAGAAAAGGAUAAAUAUGGCGCCAAACAUUUCAAUUGGAAGGAUGCUUUAUGUCCUCUGUGUAAAACCCUUCAAACCAAUCCUCCUUUAAAUAACACCAUACCAGACAUUGAUAAAUGGCUAAAACGUUGUCGUUCUUUCUGAAUUGAUACAGCUAUUUUGAUAAUAGCUUUAGAAGUUACGAAUUUCCCUUAUUUUUCAUUAUGAUAUUUGAUGAUGCAUACCAAGACAUUAAUUAACGAAUUUCCGCUUUCUGCCACAGUUUUCGGAGGGAUUUAUGUGGAACGAUUCACCAUUUUGCUCAUCUUCGCU